ACUUGAAAUCUUAUCAUGGCAUGGUCAGUUAACCACGACACGUUACAAGGUUCGGUCACGAUGAAGAUCGCGUUGCUAGUUUCGCUACUGCUGGUGUCCUGUGGUGUUCUGGACGCGUUCAACCUGACCAUCGGAACCCGUCUACCGGGUGACCAACUUCUCCGCUCAUGGCACCUCUCGGCGGGUCCUUACGCUUCGCCGCAGACCAUCCAGCUAACGUUCGACUACCGAGUGGAACCAUCGCUGUUCGGACCGGAACAUCUAACAGUGAUGGAGUUCACCCGGCCGGAUGACUACGCUCCGAACGAUUUCGGCCAGAUGCUGCUGAACUCCACCCACCUGUACAUGACCCCGCUGCGCCACGGAAUGACCGAGUGGUGGCUGGACGGCAAGCUGUACGGUAUCCGCGGAGAACUAUUUCAGGAGGACGAAAACUAGAUCGUGUACGACUGUUCUAAGAAUAAAACCGGUCGGAAAUUA